GGGGCUGCCCAUGGGCACGGCGGGGCUGCCGCGCUCCGGGCCCCGCUGUGGGGCGGGCGCUUCGCUCCCGGCAUCGCCCCUGCGCCGUGCCUGCACCACGGUGCGUACCGCAGAGAGCCCAGGGCUCGGUCACUGAUAAACCCGAGCUGUUGGUGCCUGCCCCGAGCGAACACGUUCCACCCCUGGGUGCCGAAGGGCUUGACGCACGGAGCUGCCGGCGUGGCCUGGACCGCCAGACCCCUUCCGAAACCCGCCGGCAGCCUUUGCCAGGCAGGGCCGGUGUUUCCCGCUCCUCUGAGGCUGCGUAACGCGGGUCCAGCAUGGGAGAGGCACGGCCUGCCUUCAUCCUUGCUGCCUCCCGCAAGCUUCCCAGCCGCGGGAGGCGGGCAUGCACAGAUCUGGCACAGAAACCGACUUAAUAAGUAAAGGCAGUAGCAAGUCCAUAGGCAGCAUCACGGUGGCUUAAACGUAAAUCAGUGUUUAAUGAACACGUCCGGCUCAACCCGGUCCACCCGUUGUUCUGUAACGUGUUUGUGCCUCGUUCUGCUCCCACACCCCCACCCCGCGCUGCUCUCAAUGGGUGUAUUCUGGUUGGUGGGAGAACGGCUGGGAUCCCCACCGUGCCCUCCUCCCUCUUUCCUGCUUAGAAUUCCCACCCCACACCGCACUGGGGGGAUGGACGCAGGAGCAGGAGGUGCAGCCUCUUGGUGUGCUGCCCAGCCGGGGCUGCCCAGCCGGUUCCCUCCCUGCUCCAACACACCCAGACAGGUUGUUCCGGCAGCCUCGGGGAUGUUGGAAGAAACCUGCCAGGCCAGCAGCCCGUGCUGCAGCCGGCCGUGCUUUUCCCUAUGGAGCAGGGGGUGUCCAGGGUCAUCCCGUCACCGGCAGCACUGGGAGCGAGUGCCGGGGAAGCGGAUGAGGGGCCGAGCCUCCGGUGGUAGUUUCCAUCCACCCUCGCAGCCUCCGGUUUGUCACAGCUGUUGACACCGUUUCGGGUUUGGCAAGAGCUGGAGUGGAGGAUGCAGCAGCAACAGGAAUUGUGCUGGAAAAGAGGCAGAGGGAGGUUUAAAGCUGCUUCUUUACAUGAGUUGUUGCCCUAAAUCUGCCUCACACAGGGCAGCAGGAGAUGUAGGCAGAGGCAUGAGGCCCUUUCCCCACGUUCCUAGGGAUUGCGGCAGGGAUCCUCCCACUAGGUUGAUGGUUUUAGGUUACAGCUCCCACAGCUCGUGUUCCCCUUGUCUCUGCUCUGCCCUCCCUCCUUGCCCCAGCAGUGGCACCCCAGAUGUACCAACUGGACCGACCUCCCCCUCCCACCGAGUACCAGUGGCACUGGGAAGCUGGGCAUGACCCUUGGCAGAGGAGAGGGAAUGAAACAGCAUCUCUGGGAUGUGGACCAAGGGAUCGGCUCAGCCCGAGGGGACUUUCAUCCCCUCUGCUUGUACAUCCAAAUCCAGCAGCAGGUGGAUGUGUGCUCAUCCCCACAGUGCUCCCGCCUGUGCCUCACAGGGCUGGAGCCAGCAGUGACUCAGCAGGUGCCUGCCAGGCUGCCAUGAGCUGUGCUGGAGCAGGAGCUGGACUCUGGGAUGCUCCAAGGACCCCUCACAUCCAGAGGGGGAUGGAGCACCCAAGCAGCAGCCCAAGGUUUUGGGGUGCACUGAGCCAUGCAGGGGGCUCCUGUGCUGGCAGCCACAUCCCACUGGGUUCCUGCAGAGCCAGGCUGUAGGGACUGAGGCCACCCGCUCAAGGAUACUGUGAUGGUAAGUGCUGCCCAUAGGCAGGUCUCCUCCCCUCCCCAUGGGCACAAAUGCCUCCUGCAAGCACAGCCCUGCUGGGCAGCAAAGGGUUAAGCACCACACCGGCUACCAUGGGAGCCUUCCUCCGUGCCAAAGUUUAAAUUUAGUCCCUGCAUGAACCCAGAGGACUUGGGCAUCGGGUUGCUCUGGGUCUGGCAGUGCCGGCAAGCACCUGCUGCUGCUGCUGUGCAGUGAAAAUCCCCCUCCAAAGCUAGGACUGGGCUCCAGCGGCGACAGCAGCGGGGCCGGCACGCUGCAGGGACCCUCGUGCCAUGCCAGGCAGCCAGCAGCCUGCUCUGAGUGUCCCCAAACAGGCCAGUCCUACCUGUGCAUCGUUCGGCUCCAGUGAGUCCCAGAGGUGCUCAGUGCCUGCUUUGACAUGAAGCCUUGAGUUGGCUCCUGGCUGCUUGUGACUAAUUAUGGGGGAGCUGCUGCUUGGGGCAGGGUGGGGUUUGCGGGAAGCCCCCAGGAUGAGACCACUGCAGUGGGGCAGGCAGAGGCACUGGGAAAAGAGCCGUGAUGGGGAUGUAGCAGCAGCCUGGGGCUGCGGUUGUGCCCUGCAGGGGAUGGGACAAGCCUGCAGUAGUCUGCGGGUCCCCCAGCUAGUGCUGCAUUGGGGGGCACCCAUGCGGGUACCCCUAUGGGGUGCGGGGUGCUGACACCUCACCUGUGGGUUUGGGGAUCAGCGGCGCGGGUGUGGGGCAGGGGAUGGUGCUGGCAGCCCCCCGGCAGCCCCCUAAGGCCGGGGGUGGCGGUGGCAUCCCGGCAAUGCGCUUGGCAUCGCCGGCCCGGGCUGGCGCUCGCAGAUGUCCAUGUGAUCAAGGGGCUGCUCAGCGCUGCGCCGGGUCCAGCCGCCGUGAGGGCGAGGCAGCCAGAAGGUCGAGCCGGCGUCCCCGGCAGAGCGUCCCCAGCACCCGGGAGGGCCUCCCCCGGCACCCGCUGGCGCCCCUCGGGGUCACCCCUGCCAUGAUGCCCCGCGGGAAGAGGGACCCGGGGCUGCUGUCCCACGCCGAGCUGCCCGGCACCGAUGGCGAGGGCGGCCGCAGCAGCGGGGACGGCCGGCGCUCCGUGUCGGAGGAGGAGGAGGAGGGCCCCCUCCCCGGCCUCCCCCGCGACGACCUCGCCAAGAGCAUGUCGGGCUCCUCCGUGUCGUCCUACCACUCUGCCCUGUGCUCCGACGGGACGGAGACCUUCAAGGACUGCCUGGAGUUCCUGGACGAGGAGGGGGGGACCCCCCCCAGGGCUGCCCCCAGCGUCCCCCCGCCGCCCGGCCCCCUCGCACGCCCGCGGCAGGCUCAGCUGUCCAUCGCGGCUAAGAAUAGCCCAGCGCCGGGGCAGGGCGGCAGGAUGGGUCCCCUCGGUGGGGACCGGCAGGCUGUCACCACCACCACCACCACCGGCAGCGGGGAGCUGGCUCUGCCCAGGGGGAUGCUCGGCGAGGGGCCCAGCGAUUCGGAUGAGGUGGACGGCGAGGUGCGGGCACUCACGGCCAGGGCUUUCCGGAGCAUCUCUGGUCCCCCCGGCUCCCGGCUCGACAUGUGCAGCUCCCACACCUCCUCCAGCCUCUCCAACUCACUGUCGGAGGACGGCGGGCGGCCGCGGAGGUGGCCGAUGGCUGGCGGCGAGCCCCGGGGCACCGCGGCACCUCUCCACGGCAGGGUGUGCUGGCCCUUCCCCGCCGGCAUGGACGGGGAGCUGCUGGGCUUGCUGGGAAAGGAACAGUUUGAGUGCGUGGAUGUGGAGCUGGAGAGCGGUGAGGCCAGGAAGGGCCAUGGCAAGAAGAGGACUGUCCCGAAGCGGCAGAUCCUGCUGAAGAGGAAGGAGAGGAAGGAAACAGGUUUUGUCCCCCGGGGGGAUGCCCCGGCCCCGCAGCCCGUGCCCCCUGCCAGGAAGGAGCCCCCCAGCAAGGGCAGAGCCAUCGGUGAGGACUUUAGGCUCAACUACAAGCAGUUCAUGAAGACAGCUUCCCUGGAUGCCGACACCAGCAAGACCAGGGCGGCCUCUUGCCUGGUGAAGAACGUCCUCGCCAAGAAAAUGCAGUACGAGCAGAGGAUCAAGAUGGAGCAGAAGGGGCUGCGGGGCAGCUCGACCUCUUCGGGGCCAUCCUCCGCCGGCACCGACCUGCUGGGUGAUGGUCUGGAAGGCAAGUCCAGCUCCUUAUCCCGCUCCGACUGCAGCUUCUCAGCGGAGGACUUGCGGGGUGGCGGGAUGCCGGUGGCGCCGGUGGCCAUGGGGACCGCCGCCACCACCCACCCCACCAAGGGGGUGGUGCUGAGCAAGGCGACCAGGGAGAACGUCUGCAAGCUGAAGAAGACCUUCAAUGAGCUCAACGAGAGGCUCAAGUACCAGGAGGUGAUGGAGGGCCGCUGGCUGCCCGGCGCCACCGAGGAGCCGCCGCCGGAGAGGAUCCGCUACCGGCAAGCACGUGCCUUGUUCGAAGCGCAGCCUGGAGUGGGGAAGGUGCUGGAUGUCGCCCCGAGGUUUGGGAGAGCUCCGAAGCCCUGGCCCAGCUUGAGGCAGCGAGCCAUCUGCCCCGGCCACCCCCAGACCCUGCCCGCCGAGCCCGACACCUUCCCUGCUGUGCCGCCGCGCCGCACCUUCACCUCCCGGGCACAGGACGUGAGGCUGGUGCCGCAGAACCGACACGAGGAGAAGCCCCCGGCGGCGCCGCGCCAGCCCCCCAGUCCCCCGGCACGGCGGUCCCCGCCGCCCGUCCCCCCCAAGCCGGAGGAGAAGGGGAAGGGGCGCAUCCCGCAACCCCGCGACGUGCGCAAGCUGGUGAAGAGCAGCUACAACCUCUGCUUCGGGACCGCCGGCGCAUCCCGCGGCACCACGGCCCCGCCGAGCAGCGCGGAGCCGGCCCCGGCCGCCCCGCUGGUGAUCCACUGCAGCUCGGUGCGCCGCCGGGAGCCAGCGCCGCAGCCGGGACACGAGGAGGUGCCGGCAGAGCCGGCCCCGCUGUGUGCCCGGGGCAGCCGCUCCUCACCCCCGCGCCGCUCCCCCGUGCACAUCACCAGGGUCCAGGCCACACGACGGGGCUCGGCUGCGGCGGAGGGGCCACCGGCGUCCCCCCCGCGCCGGGAGCGCAGCGAGAUCCGGGUCCCGCCGCGGGCAGCGACGGCCGAGGGGGUGCCCCACAUGGAGACCCACCUCCACGUGCUGCUGGGCCCGCGGUCCGGGGAAGGGUUCCCGGCUCAGAGCAGCGCGGUGCUGCGGACAGAGAAAACCGUCCUGCUCCCGCCGCCGCCACCGAGCCCCACGGAAGGACACGGCCACGGUGGCCCCGGAGGGCUCCCCGCCAGCGGUGACCCCCAUCCCGGGUCGGUGGCUGGCAGCACCGCGGCCCCGCAGCCGGGGAAGCCGGCAGCAAGAAGCGCGCCAGAGCCGCCUGCAAGAGAGCAGGGGCAGCCCCGGGCCCCGGCCCGGCUGGUGUCGGUGGGGAGCGGCGGCUCCGAGGGUGGCUCCGGCCCCGUCGCCCCGUUCCGAGGUGGGGAGGGCGGUGAGGCUGCCUCUACCCGGCUGCCGGAGCGGAGGGAGCCCUGGGAGCGUUCACCGACGUGGCCGGCAGCCACCGAGCCGGCCCCUCCCGCUGCCCCGGCGGAGAACUCCAGCUACUUGGCAAUUCCGGAGAAAGCCCCCAAACCCGCUCCGGUGCCAACGCUGCCCUCGGUCCCCAGCGCGGCCAGCGGGUCCUUUGGGACCCCUGCACUCCCCAGCCCGGCCACUGCACCCUUUGGGACCCCUGCAGCCCCCAACCCAAUCACUGCACCCAUUGGGACCCCUGCAGUCCCCAACCCAAUCACUGCACCCAUUGGGACCCCUGCAGUCCCCAACCCAAUCACUGCACCCUUUGGGACCCCUGCAGCCUCCAACCCAAUCACUGCACCCUUUGGGACCCCUGCAGCCCCCAACCCAAUCACUGCACCCAUUGGGACCCCUGCAGUCCCCAACCCAAUCACUGCACCCUUUGGGACCCCUGCAGCCUCCAACCCAAUCACUGCACCCUUUGGGACCCCUGCAGUCCCCAACCCAAUCACUGCACCCUUUGGGACCCCUGCAGCCUCCAACCCAAUCACUGCACCCUUUGGGACCCCUGCAGUCCCCAACCCAAUCACUGCACCCUUUGGGACCCCUGCAGUCCCCAACCCAAGCAGUGCACCCCUUGUGACCCCUGCAGUCCCCAACCCAGCCAGUGCACCCUUUGGGGCCCCCUUGGUCCCCAACCUUGCCAGUGCACCCUUUGGGACCCCCUUUGUCCCCAAGCCAGCCAGCGCGUCUUUUGGGACUGCCACAGUCCCCAGCAUGACCAACUCACCCUUUGGCUGCCCAUCAGCCUCCAGGCUGGCCAGCGUAUCGUAUGGGACUUCCUUGGUCUCCAACCCUACCAACAAGUCUUUUGGGACCCCCUUGAUCCCCUACCCAGCCAGUGCAUCCUUUGGGACCCCUUUAAUCCCCAGCCUGUGCAGUGCAUCAUUUGGGACCUCUUUGGUCCCUAAUCCAUCAAGUGUAUCCUUCGGGACCCCCUUGGUCCCUAACUCAGCCAGUGCAUCUUUUGGGACCUCCUUGGUCCCUAACUCAGCUAAUGCAUUCUUUGGCACCCCAUUGGUCCCCAGCCGAUCCAGCACAUCCUUUGGGACCCCCCUGGUCCCUAACUCAGCCAGUGCUUCUUUUGAGAGCCCCUUGGUCUCCAAUCAAUCCAGCACAUCCUUUGGGUCCCCCUUGGGCACCAGCCCAGUCCCCACUUCCUUUGGACACCCACCAGUCUCCAGCAUAGCCAGCUCAUUCUUUGGAUCCCCGCUGGUCCCCAGCCCGGCCAGUGCUCCACUGGGGGCCGGUGUGUCGCCCCUGCCCGGUGGGGAAGUGCCCUGGAGCAAACCCAGCGCCGAGCCCCACCUGCCCCGGCCCCCCGAAAGCCUUGGGGCUGCAGAGCACCCGGUGCCCUCAGCCCAGCCUCAGCCUCGCCUCGAGGAUGCUCCCCACUUCCUAAGGAGGACUGAUGGUGCCUCUCCGAGCAGUAAGAACACACCAAGCUCCACCAAGCCCUUUGCUCCCCACCUGCCCACACACCGGAGGAUGCUCGUGGAUCCCGACAGUGGGAAAUGCUACUACAUGGAGCCCCCACGGCAGCCCCAGCUGAAAACACUGUACGACCCCGAGACCGGGCAGUACCUGGAGGUGCUCGUCCCACCAGUGGCAUCGCACGCCGGGCUCUACCAAGCUCCUUACAACCCCCUGGUCAUGCCACCGGGGGUCUAUGGCCCACCUUAUGUGCCCUACAGUGGCUUCCAGGGGCUCCCGGUACCCCCGGCACCCUCUGCCCCGUCUCCAGUGCACCCUGAGCCACCGGCUGCUGACAACCCCAGCUUCUCUGGGACCUUCAGCUCUGCUCCCAAGGGCGAGGGGCCGCCCGCUGUGGGGGGUCCCGACUGCGGGUACCUGGAGAGCCUGUACUAUAUCCCCACAGGGAUGCGGGCCAGCCCUGGCCCUGGCCAGCCCCCUGCCCGCACCAGCCCUGCAAGGCCCGAGCAGGGACAACUGCUCCGGAUGUGAUGGUCCUCGAUGGAUGUGAAUGGCCGGGCUUUAACCCCAACGUAAGCAUCACCCCCAGCGUGGGAGAGCCCCGCUGUCCACGACUGAGCUGCUGAGGAGCUGAGCAGGAGUUUGCACUGGCUGGACCUCAAUGGACUGCAUGGGAAUGGGGAGGAAAAGCAUUUCCCAAUGCGAGCAUGUGGCAGCCCCGGGGGGGGGGGGGGAGCAAAGGGACCAGAUGCACGGCCCCCGCUUUCCCAGUGUUGCUGGUCCUGUCCCAAGGAAGACCUGGGCUGUUUGAAUGGCCACGGCUGCAGCACGGACACCCCGGCACAGCAGUGAAGAUGCUGAGACACCAUUAAAUGUUCCAUCUUCA